UCACCUCAGUUAAAAUGAUAGAUUCUACUCCUUCUGCACGUUUUGCUCGUUGUACUAUUGAUGAGGUAGUUGCAAAUCUACGCGCCGACAAAAUAAAUGGCUUAACUUUAGAUGAAGUCGCCUCAAGAAGAAAGUCUUCUGGCCUCAAUGAGCUUGAAGUGAAUGACGACGAGUCUCUUUUCGUCAAGUUUGCCAAACAAUUUCUCGAGAAUCCCCUCAUUUUGCUACUCAUUGCAUCAGCUACAAUAUCCUUUAUAUUAGGAAAUCGCGAUGAUGCUUUUUCGGUGAUUUUGGCGGUUUUGAUAGUAACAACUGUGGGAUUUAUUCAGGAAUAUCGAUCAGAAAAAUCUUUAGAAGCGUUGAAUAAACUUGUUCCCCAUUAUUGUCAUAUUAUCCGUCAAGGUCAUCAUGUUACCACCCUUGUAAAUGAGCUUGUGCCAGGUGAUUUGGUUCGUUUUGGAAUUGGAGAUAGGAUUCCAGCAGAUAUUCGAUUAAUUACGAUAACUGAUGCUAUCUCUGAUAAUUUGUACUCUGAAUUAGGCUUACAAGAUAGAAGAAAUAUUGCAUUUAUGGGAACACUGGUUCGAAAUGGAAACGGAACAGGGAUUGUUGUGGGUACAGGAAAAGAUACAGAAUUUGGCGUAGUAUUUUCCAUGAUGCAAGAGGUUGAAACAAAGAAAACACCCUUGCAGACCAGCAUGGAUAAACUUGGGAAACAACUCUCGUAUCUUUCUUUUGCAAUUAUUGGAAUUAUUGUCAUUAUCGGAGUUUUACAGGGUCGUAAUUGGUUGGAAAUGCUUACGAUUGGAGUCAGUCUGGCGGUAGCCGCAAUUCCUGAAGGUCUUCCCAUAGUCGUCACAGUUACUUUGGCUUUGGGAGUUCUUCGAAUGGCUAAAAGAAAUGCCAUUGUGAAAAAGUUACCAUCUGUUGAAACUUUAGGCUCUGUUAAUGUGAUUUGUUCUGAUAAGACAGGUACAUUGACUGAGAAUGUAAUGACCGUAACAAAAAUAUUUACUUUAGAUGGAGAAACGGUUUUUGACCUGGAACAUGGACUACCAAAUAAUACCAAUAAUUCAAUGCGUGAAAUCUUAAAAAUAGGGAUAUUAUGCAACAAUGCGUAUGUUGAUGAAAAGGGAAAUAAAAUGGGACAAGCCACAGAAGUUGCUUUACUUGAUGCUCAUCUUAGACUUGGACUGCAAGAUGAUAGACAGUUUUAUGAGAGAGUUUCUGAAAUCCCAUUCAAUUCAGAACAAAAGUGGAUGUCUGUGAGUUAUAAAAGAAUUAAUGAUAAUUCCAAAGAAGAAAUAAUAUACAUGAAAGGAUCAAUAGAAUUAGUUUUAGAAAGAUGUUCUAAUUACUUGCAUUCAGAAAAAAAACUACCGCCUCUUGAUGCCCGCGCAAAGGAAAUAGUGAUGCGCCACGCUGAUUUGAUGUCAUCACGAGGACUUCGUGUAUUAGGAAUGGCAUAUGGUGCAGAUCCAAACAAACUCACGUUUGUUGGAUUUGUUGCAAUGCAAGAUCCGCCAAGAAAAGGUGUUGAGAAUUCUAUAAAAGAAUUAAUAAGUGGCGGAGUAAAAGUAAUUAUGAUAACAGGAGACUCGGAUGGGACAGCGAUAUCGAUCGCACGUCGAUUAGGGAUUCUUAUUAAUACUUCUCAUAAUAACAACUGUUUAACUGGAAAUGAUAUCGAAAAAAUGAGUGAACGACAAUUAGAAGACAUAAUUAGUAAUGUUACAGUAUUUGCAAGGACUACUCCAAAGCAUAAAUUGUCCAUUAUAAAGGCCUUUCAAUCCAAAGGCGCUAUUGUAGCAAUGACAGGUGACGGAGUCAAUGACGCGCCUGCUUUAAAAAUGGCAGAUAUUGGGAUCUCAAUGGGCAAAAUAGGCACAGAUGUAUCGAGAGAAGCUUCUGAUAUGAUUUUAGUUGAUGAUAAUUUUUCUACCAUUUUGGAAGCCGUAAAGGAAGGCAUGUAUGUGAAUUUCCUUACAUUCCAGCUGAGUACAAGUAUUGCCGCAUUAACAUUAAUCGCCAUAUCAACAAUAUCGGGGCUUCCUAACCCUCUUAAUGCAAUGCAAAUUCUAUGGAUAAAUAUUCUAAUGGAUGGGCCCCCUGCACAAUCUUUGGGAGUGGAACCGGUCGAUAAAGAUGUAAUGCGGAAACCACCCAGAGCAAAGGGUGAAUCUAUUUUGACAUCUGUCUUGAUAAAACGAGUUUUAACCUCAGCUGCCUCUAUAGUUAUCGGUACUUUAUUUAUUUACAUUACUGAGAUGCGUGAUGGUGUCAUUACAUCAAGAGAUACUACAAUGGUAACUUAA